UUGGCAACAACUGGGACUCAAUUAAAUGAGACUCCAGAGUCCCCAAAAACCUGCUCUCACCUUCUUCCACAGCGAAGUCAAAAACCAUCUGACCUGUGGAAGCCAAAAUCUCGCUCUUCGACUCUUCACUUCAGCUUCAGUGAGAAAACCACCUGCUACUGUUCGCUUGGGUCUCCUUCCAUCUCUUCUGCAGGUUCAAUUUUUCACUCUCCCCUCCAAUCCCCUCAGUCAAAAUGCUAAACAGAAAAAUACAUUAUUCGGGACAAAUAUUCACACCGUGGCAGCACGGCAGCAUGGCCUCACGCGCCGCCGCCGGGAGAUGGCCUGGGAGCAGCUCCACUCCGGCCCCUGGCACUCCGUCCUCCCCGUCUGGCGCGACGCCGACGCAAUGGCCUGCCUCCACGUCGCCAAGCUCCACUUCGCCGCAGCUGAGUUCACCGACGCGCUCCGCGCCCUCGACAUGGGCCUCCUCAUGGGCGGCCCGAUUUUUAAAUCGGACCUCCACUCCGCCAUGACUAAAGUCCCCGCUAAAUCCAGAGCCGCCGCUAGGGUUCCCGAACAAAACGGCCCCAAUUUGGACCGCCGGUUGGUCCGUGACGACCUCAAAGCAACGGAGGUUAGGUUCGUAAUUUCACAUUCACUUCUGAAUUUCACACAAUGA